AGUUCGAAUUUCCUGCCAUCGAUCAGCUACUGGUUGUACGGUACCAUCACUGGUAUCACGGGUAUCCUACUUGUGGCUAUCAUGAGUAUCAUCUAUGUGUUCUCUGCACCAGCGGUCAUGAAGCAAGCAUAUCAUGCAUUCAAAAUCACGCAUCUGCUAAAUAUCCUCCUUUAUGCACUCACCAUACUUCACGGGCUACCAAAACUUCUGGAUAGCCCAAAAUUUGUCUAUUAUGUUUUGGGUCCAAUAGCAAUCUUCGUGAUCGAUCGUAUCAUUGGCAUGAGGCAACAGUACAAACGACUACAGAUUCUAAGUGGUGCCGUCUUGCCCUCAGACAUAGUGUACAUUCAAUUCAAACGACCUCAUUCAUUCCGGUUUCGAUCCGGUCAGUGGGUGCGCGUUUCCUGUCCAGCUUUCUCCUGCACCUUCAACGAGCUUCAUGCUUUCUCACUUGCAUCUGCCCCGCAGGCACCAACGCUAGAACUGUACAUUAAAGCUGUUGGCCCAUGGACGUGGAAUCUUCGGAACGAGAUUACAUGUGCCCAGGCGAAUGGGACACCAUAUCCUGUGCUGCAUUUGCAUGGUCCAUAUGGUGAUGGAAAUCAGGAUUGGCAUAAUUUCGAAGUAGCGGUGUUGGUGGGCGGUGGUAUUGGCGUGACACCAUAUGCAUCGAUACUUACCGAUCUGGAUUGGCAUAAUUUCGAAGUAGCGGUGUUGGUGGGUGGUGGUAUUGGCGUGACACCAUAUGCAUCGAUACUUACCGAUCUGGUACUCGAUAAGUUAUCCGAUAGGCAUACAGAUAUUAAAUGUAAAAAGGUUUAUUUUGUAUGGGUCUGUGCAACACAUAAGAAUUACGAGUGGUUCAUCGAGGUGCUACGAUCGGUGGAAGAGCUGGACAAGGAGCAUUUACUGGAAAUGCAUAUAUUUGUCACACAGUUCUUCCACAAAUUCGAUCUUCGAACUACCAUGCUUGUACGGUUUCUGUAA